AUGAGUCGUGAGCCUCUUCCAUCGUCCUUGGACGACAAUAUCCAAUUCAGGGAAGAAACCGGCCUCCAGAAAUUCACUAGACGUCUUAAGGAAGAGCCUCUGGUCCCACUAGGAUGCGCCGCCACUUGUUACGCCCUCUACCGCGCCUAUCGAUCCAUGAAGGCCGGUGACUCCGCGGAGAUGAACCGGAUGUUCCGCGCCCGUAUCUAUGCCCAAGCAUUCACGCUCGUCGCCUUGGUCGCCGGAGGCAUGUACUUCAAGACCGAGCGCAAGCAGCGCCGCGAGUUCGAGCAGGCGGUGGAGGAGCGCAAGAACCAGGAGAAGCGCGAUGCAUGGCUACGCGAACUAGAGGUUCGGGAUAAAGAGGAUCGCGAGUGGCGAGAGCGGCAUGCAGCCAUCGAGGCGGCCGCCAAGGAGGCAGGGAAGAGGUCAUCCUCGGAGCCCGAUGCGGCCCGGGCGGCGAUCGAGCCAGCCGAUGAAAAGUCGAUUGGGGUUCUGGAUGGUGUGCGGGCCCUGCUGUCACGACGAAACUAG